UAAUGUUGAAAAGGCUGAAGAAGAGUGAGUGCGAUCCAGAGGUUGAGGCUUCGUUUUUCUCAGAGCUGCUUUAUUACACAUGAAGCUGACCUGCAACUGUGUGUAGCCGGAAACAAAAAGUCAAAGUGAGGAGCUAUGGAGGAAGAGGGCGAUAAAGGCGUGUUUGCACACCAUAGAGAGGAGAAAGAAGAAGGAGCGUUCACUAUGGCCGCAGGUCGGGAGGCAAAGCUGCAGCUGGUCCAGAGACACGUUCGGGCUUUCCCAGACUUUCCUAAGAAAGGGAUCGUGUUUAGAGAUAUUUGUCCCAUCCUCAAGGAUGCAGCUGCCCUUAAAGCAGUAAUUGACCUGUUUGAAGAACAUGUGAGGAACAAUCACCAGCACGUUGAUCUGAUUGUAGGUUUAGAUGCUCGUGGUUUCCUGUUUGGGCCUCUGCUCGCCCAGAGGCUAGGUAUUGGUUUCGUCCCGGUCAGAAAAAAAGGCAAACUGCCCGGAGCCACUGUUUCUGUCUCUUAUGAUUUGGAGUAUGGCAAGGCAGAAGCAGAGAUCCAGGAGGAUGCUGUGGCUCCGGGACAAAAGGUUCUGCUUAUUGAUGACCUCCUGGCUACUGGAGGGACGCUGUAUGCUGCCUCCGAACUGAUGAGGAAACAGCAGGCUGAGGUUCUGGGCUGCAUGGUGGUCAUCGAACUCAAAGAGCUAAACGGCACCGACAAACUCAAACCACACAGAGUCUUCUCCCUGAUUCAGUACUGAGGACACUCGACCAGAUAGUACCAUUUACUAAUUUUGGACAUCCAGCCAAGAAAACAAGAAAUCUCAAGUUCGCUUAAUUUUACAGUAAUUUCGUUUCCAUGGUGUAGCUGUGCCCCGUUAUUUUAAUGGGAUGUUACUGGAAGUGCAGCAUAUUCACUGCGUCUAACAGCAUCCAAGUUUACUUUUUCCUCGGCUCAUUAGUGACUCUGAGUGUUCGGGGCCCUGUUCCAGAAGGCAGGGGGAGUUUAACCCUGAGAUCAGGGACAGUCUGGGUUAAUGGUGUUCAGUCGUGAUGACUCUGCGACAGGAAGGCAGCUGUUAGUCACAAAACAUCCAUGAACAUUUAUGUCCACA